AUGUCUCCUCAAUCUUCUAUGAUUUUCAAUUCUAUCUCUUCUCAAACUUCAUUUUCUGACGAAAUCGCAGAAAAAUUACCAAAUACAACAAAAUUUGCUUCAUCAGAUAUGCCUACACAAUUAAUUAAACCACCAUUUCCACCAAUGAUCAAAGUUUCUGAUAUAAUCUCCAAAAGGGAUCCAACUCAAAUAAAUUUAAAAGGACCGAAUGCUUUCUUAAUUUAUCGCAAGGCAUUUUUGGAUCAUUUAUCAAAUUUAAUGCAUUUAACUUCCAUUAAUGAUUCUUCUCCAUCAUCUUUAAUUGAUAACGAAAGCAAACAAAAAG